AUGUCUCCUCCGAAACGCGCAGUGAUUUUUGUCACCUCUGCCACGGCUCCGCUGCACGAUGGGAAUCCAACAGGUCUCUUCAUCUCAGAAGCUCAGCAUCCGUAUCAGGUGUUGACCAAAGCGGGUUUCGAAGUCGAUCUCGUGUCUGAGACGGGCACGUAUACCGAGGACUGGCUCAGUAUGCAGGAUAGCUUCCUCAAUGGCUCCGAUAAAGAGGAAUAUGAGGACAAGAACAGCGUCUUCCGCAAGAAGCUCGACAACAUGCCCGAUGUUAGCAGCAUUGACGGCAAGAAGUACGGCCUCUUCUUCGCUAGUGCCGGCCACGCAGCUCUCAUUGAUUAUCCGCACGCGAAAGGUCUUCACAAGAUUGCUUCGGACAUCUGGAAUGCAGGUGGUGUCGCUGCAGCAGUGUGCCACGGACCAGCGAUCUUUCCCGGUGUUAUCGACGCAUCGACUGGCAAGUCUGUCAUCCGCGGCAAAGUCAUUACCGGUUUCACCACCCAGGCAGAGAACGACAUGCAUAUCAUGGAGCCGAUCCGAUCAUGGAACGAGCCGCUCAUUGAUGAGUGGGCUAAGAAGCUUGAUGCGACGUACACAAGAGCAGAGAAUGUAUGGGGCGAUUUUGUGGUUGCAGAUGGACGUGUUGUUACAGGGAUGAAUCCACAGAGUGCAAAGUCGGCGGCGCAGGCAGCAGUGAACGCAUUUGAGCAACUGUGA